GAGCCGUCGCCGCAGUAGAGCCACUCACCUCGUUCAGGACGAACGUGCGACACGAACUCCUCUCUAGAACUCUCCGCAACAAGACGACACCGUACUAACGUUACAACGUCUUCUGUAUCCGAACAGUAUCCAUCUGUCCGAACAGUAUUAAACCCGUGUGUCUGUCCGUGUAAUGUAUAAUAGGACAUAGCAAGUGAUGUGUUCAGUGUUGUGAGUGAGGCUGGGCGAGGUGGCGGUGGGUGUGGGAGGACGGUGGCGGCGGGCGCUGGAUGUGUCAGAGGCCGGCGCGAUGACCGUCCAACGCGACCAGCGCGAGCGCGCGCCGCGGACCAGGUUCAUGAUCACGGACAUCCUGGACGCGGCGCCCAGGGACCUCAGCGCGCACCGGGACUCGGACUCCGACAGGUCGGCCACGGACUCCCCAGGUGUCAAAGAUGACUCCGACGACGUGUCCAGCAAAUCCUGCGGUGACGCAUCUGCAUUGGCUAAGAAGCAGCGCAAGGCUAGAACAGCCUUCACGGAUCAUCAGCUUCAGACCUUGGAGAAGUCGUUCGAGAGACAAAAAUACCUCAGCGUCCAGGAUCGUAUGGAGCUAGCCGCUAAACUAGGUCUCACAGAUACCCAAGUGAAGACCUGGUAUCAGAACAGAAGAACGAAAUGGAAGCGUCAAACGGCCGUUGGACUCGAGUUACUAGCAGAGGCUGGCAACUACGCCGCCUUUCAACGUUUGUAUGGAGGUUACUGGGCAGGAGUGCCCGCGUAUCCAACACAGCCUGCCCCUUCUGCUGAUUUAUACUAUCGUCAAGCUGCCGCAACUGCUGCUGCAGCAGCCUCGGCCUCUGCAAACACAUUACAGAAACCAUUACCAUAUCGAUUAUACCCUGGCGCUCCAAUGGCGGGUGUUCCCCCGUUAGGUUUGGGUCUGCCGGGUCCGUCUGCUCACUUGGGAUCACUGGGUGCUCCUGGUUUGGGAGCCCUCGGUUAUUAUGCACAAGCUAGGCGCACACCCUCUCCAGACGUGGAUCCUGGAAGCCCAGCACCCCCGCCGCGAUCCCCGCGAGAGCAAUCCGUAGAACGACACUCUGACGACGAAGACGACGAUGAAACCAUACACGUGUAAACCAGUGAACUGUAAAUAAAAUCACAAAAAAAAAUAAGGACCAUAAAACUCGUGCAAUUUGUGGUAUAUGACUUACAAGUGACUAUCACGAAGAAGACCUAUAAGUGCUUAACUAAAAGUUAUUCGGUGAAGUGUAUGUAGCGGGGGAGAUAAAAUAUUAUCUUUGUUGGAAUCAGAAGACGGUACUUAUUUAUUUGUUGCUUAAAUAUUCAUUAAACGAACUUUGAUGCCAAUGUGCUGUUGAUAUAAUGUUUUAAAUAUUGAGUGCGGUCGAGUGUCCGCUAUAAGUAUGUGAUAUAAGCUCGGAAUAAUAUAGGAGUAUUAACUAAUGUAUUAUAUAAAUAAAUUCGAUGUCGUAUAACUGAUACCAUUGUGAUUACUAUAGCUUUGGAAGUUCAAAUAUAGUACAAGCUGGUUUCAAUCAAGACACAAGGUGAAAUAAAAAAAUGUAUAGUUUUACUUACAAAAGUUAUGAAAAUAAAAAACGGCUUCAACAAUAAAAUUUAAAUGCACAGAUGUAUUUAAAAGUAUUUAUAAGGUUUUUUUUUAUAAUAAUGAUUAAUACGAGAAACAUUUUAGGUACUAAUAUUAUCACAAAAGUGCAUUGACCGUACAGUAUAAACAAUUACCAGUAAUCCUAGUAAUUUCUCGAUAAUUUCUCUCAAUAAAACGUGCAAAUGAAAUGUGUAUAAAAUGUAUUAUUAAAUGUAUGUACUUAGUAUUAAAUACACAAGUAAAUAAGGUAUCAGGUAUCAGUACUAUACCUAAAGCUAUUAUAGAUAUACAUGGCAAUGUACUUAAGCAAUCCGAAACAUGGCAUUUCAUGUCAAAUAGAUUUUGUGGUGUUUUGUAAUUAAAAUGUUGUCAAUUAA